AUGUCUCUUUCUAAUGAUCCUUAUUAUUGUCACGAGCAGAUUCAGAUACCACCCGCUCUGCCAGACAUUUUAAAGCAAUUUACCAAAGCAGCUAUUAGAACGCAACCUAAAGACGUUCUCAAAUGGUCACAUGCAUAUUUUAAAGCAAUUGCACAGAAUGAAGUACCACCAGUCAAAAUGAGACUUGAGCUUCCAAUAAGUACACAAAAGACAGAUACGGGUUUAACGCCUGGACUUCUAAGAAUUUUAAAUAACCAGGUGAUUCAGCAACAUUGUGUACGAUAUGAUCUUGUCAUUUUAUCAGCUUGCAUGGAUGAAAGUUUACCAUUAUCUGUCAUUGAAAGAAAAAUGGAAGGAUUUAUCGUUACCGGUGAACGAUUUCAAGAAAUUUGUCGCAUAGGUAAUUUUGUGGAUACUUGUGAAUGGCGGUGGUUUUUAGCACUAGCUGCUUCUGACUUAUGCUCUGUAAGUCUUUUAACAAAUUUCAACAGAGAUUGUUGUGAAUUUGCUUUGUUUGAUUGCCUCUAG